AUGAGGACUCGAAAGCAGAAGAGGAUUUAUUUUUCUCAUUCAAGUAGUUCUGAAGAUGAAGGAUAUGACUCAACGUACUCAGACCCUGACUACACAAUUAUUAGGCGACAAAGAAGAUGUAGAAGCAACAAUGUGGGCUCAUCAUCAUCAAACGCUCCAACGCAAAUGGCAGAUCGUACUGUUCAAAUGGAGGGAACAGCACCUGAAAUAGAAAGCUCUAGCAAAUCAAAUAAUGGUAGUGCUAUUGAGAGGAGACGUGGACGUCGUCAAAAUAAUGGGGGUGAACAAGGACCACCAUCUAGACAACCAAGUAAUCGACUCCUAGCAAGGACAACUAGGAGAAGUAGAAGCUCAGACUUGCAUCAAACGCCGAGUACUUCCAACAAUAGCAGCGAAGUACUUUCAAGCAAAAAAACAGUCCUGUCAUGGUUGAUUGACAAGGAGAUUAUUCAAAAAAAUGAGCAAGUUUGGUACAUGGAUGAGAGCCACAAUGUUGUGCUUCAAAAGGGAAAGAUUACUCCGGCUGGUGUGCUUUGUUGUUGCUGUGACAAAGUGAUUACAGUUGAUGAGUUUGAGAGUCAUGCCCAAAGACGUGACCUCAAGGGGCCAUAUGACAACAUUUAUCUCGUUAGAUUGCAGAGUUAUCUAUUAUCCAUUAUGGUAAAGGCAUUGCAACGAGAGGAUGAAGUCACAUUCAAUCUCAUUCAACUACAUACAAUUGCGUCAGAUAGAAAUGAUGACGCCUGCAUUAAUGUACCCCAAGGAGAUUGGCUAUGUCCUCGCUGUGUUUGCAAAUUUUGUGGUGCUGGCAGCAAUACAGAAUGCUUAGAAUGUGAAAUGAAAUAUCACGAGGAAUGUCUUCUGGAAACAAAAGACAUAGAUCUCAAUUGUCCAACUGCAUUUUGCAGCAACAUCUGUGGGGAGAUAUAUACGAAGCUUCAAAAGAUAGCGGGAGUAAGAAAUGAACUAGAUAAUGGUUAUUCUUGCACUCUCCUGCAAUGGAUGCCAGCAUGGACGACGUCUAAAAGUGGUAAUGAUAUGCGCAAAAUGGUCGAAUGCAACUGCAAAAUUGCAGUAGCAUGGACCGUCAUGGAUGAAAUCUUUUUACCCAACAUUGAUCGGUUUACCACAAUAAAUAUUAUCCAGAGUGUCGUCUAUAAUCGUGGGUCUAAUUUAGUUCGGUUAAAUUUUGGACGUUUUUUCACUGCUGUGUUGGAACACAAUGAUGAAAUUAUAUCAGUCGCAUCCUUAAGGGUGCAUGGAAACAAGCUAGCUGAGAUGCCAUUUGUUGGAACCUGUGAAAAGUACAGGGGCAAAGGAAUGCUGCAGAAACUACUUACUGCCCUAGAAUCUGCCCUUUGCUUUCUGAAAGUGGAAAAUCUUGUGAUUCCAUCAGUACCUGAGCUUGUUCCAAUGUGGAAGGAAAAGUACAGCUUUUCCCCCAUCAGCAAUAGCUUGAUGAAGGAUUUAAUCUUCACCAACACACUGAUGUUUCCAACUGCUGUCAGACUUCAAAAAUCCUUAGCGCUACAACCCACAGACCCAAUCGAUGCAGAUGAUGAUAAAUUGAACAGAGUCGCACUUCCAGACCUGAAUCUUGCACCCCCAGAAGACGAUCUUAAUUAA